CCCACAUAUACAAAUUACAAAGUUCUCUUUCUCUUGGCCCUUUGACUCAAAAAUAUUCUAUCUCCUCCUUCACUCAACCCUUGUUCCUUCGACCAGAGCCGUGACCUCCAUUAACUCUUCUCAUCAUCAUCUUCCAAGCAAUCACACAUGUCGUCGAUUAUCAAUCGAGGAUUCGUUUGAUUUUCAUCUGAAACCCUAAUAAGCCCGUUCUUCUUAUUCAUCAGUUCAUCGAUUUAUUCAAAAUUAGGGUUCUGCACAAAAUUAUAAUGUUCAAUCAGCUCCCUUGGGUUACGGCUUCUUCAAUCAUCCUUGUCAACAAUCUUCGUGUUCUUGGUCCUGGUUUGAAUCCGUUUGCUCCUUACAACAUGGCUAAUUACUUCUCUUCCUCUCGCUAAUUUCAAUUUCUCCUGCGUUUUCGCCUACUUUCGCUUUUACGAAGUUUGAUUUUAUUUCAGUUCUUUUGUCCGAAAAAUUAUGUAAAACAGUGAAUAUUGUCAUCUGGGUUUAUCGAUUUUUCGACCUUAGGUUUUCACUUGAUUGAUUGAUUGACUAAAAGGGAGUUUUUGAGCUCUAAGAAUAAAAGAAAAGAAAAAGGUUGUCAAAGGCUUCAUCAAUUGAUUGCUGUUUUUGGGGAAACGGGUUUCCUCUGUUGAGGGCAACAGUGAUCAUGCUAAUUACGCCUCAAGGGGAGCAUUUGGGAUUUUCCCGGCGAAGGUUGUCGAGGAAGCGGUCUCUUAGGUCGAGCAUUGAUACUGAUGAUAGAGGUUGGACUCCGCUUCACAUUGCUGCUCGGAAAGGGGACCUUAAGGAGGUUAAACGAUUGCUUAAUGAGGGGAUGGAUGCAAAUCUGGCAGCUUGGGGAACCAAAAUGCAAGGGGUCACUCCUCUUCACCUUGCUGCUGAAGGGGGUCAUUUAAAAGUCAUGGACGUGCUGCUUGAGCGAGGUGCUAAUAUCGAAGCUAGAACCAAGGGUCCCUGUCGUUGGACACCGCUCCACUUAGCAGCUAAAGAAAGGAAUAGGGAAGCAGUCAAAUUUCUGGUUGAGAAUGGGGCAUUCCUACCACCUGAUAUAAAUGACAGCCGAUUUAACCCACCAUUACACUAUUGCCCGGGCCUUGAAUGGGCUUAUGACGAGCUGAAGCGUUUGCAGGAAAAGGAAAGUUCAUUGUCUUCUGGUGAGACAUCAUAUAGCUCUGAAAACUGAAGCUGCCUUUCCCACCACCUUUCACUCUCAUCAUCUAUGUUUUUAGCUUUUUAGCGGCGUUUAUGUUUAUUAUUUUUAUGUUGUUGAUUAUGAUAGACAGUUACUGGUUUACGUUUAGGUAUGUUGUGUGAAUUAAUGGGCUGCUAAGCUCUGUAUUACGUAUAAUUAGGAAGGAACCCAACAAUGUUGCGUGGUUUGUUUUGUUCACAUGGAUAAUGCCUUAGACAGAGGGUUUUUCGCCUCUUGGUUUGA